AGUAUGGUUAGAAACAGUACAAAGUAUGACAGAUAGAUUCUUAUGGAUUUUAGGUUAUUUAUUUUGAUUUGAAUUCCUUUUUGCAUAUAUCACUUAAUAUUGUAAUUGCAAAUUUAUUUCGGAUUAUCAAAGUUUAAUAAUAUUUAAUUUCUAUCGGAAAAUGUAACACUGUGAAAUAGGGUCAGUUGAUCCAAAAGAAAUGGAAUUUGCAAUUGCUGAAAUGGACGAAAAAAAAUUGGAAUUAUCUUUUAAAGAAAAUAUUUUUCCGGAUAAUUUCGAUCAAACUGAUUCCAAUAUAAAAUCAAACGUUCAAUUUGCAGAAGUCAUUAAUAAACCUUUGAUUCAAGAAGAAAUAAAGAUAUGUAAAAAAAUAUCAUCUCAGGAGAAGUUUGAACAAAAUAGUAUUUCUCAAAUUAAAGAAAAUUUAAUAUCAAUAAAGGAUAAUAAUGAAAAAAAAUAUCAUCAAUUAAUAGAAGAAAAUAAUAUUGCUAAAACUAUAAGAAGUACUAUUUCUUUAAAUAAUUUCUCACAUGAAUAUUUAAAAAAUCAAGAAUCUAUUGAUAUAAUUCUGCCUCAAAAUAAAUGUCUCCAAAAAUCAUCUUCUUGUAAUGAUAUUAGAUCAUCUUCAUCAACAUUAUUUGAUACAUUAUUAUGCACAUCUUCAGAUAUAAUUUCUAAUUAUAAUGUAAAAACAAUAAGACCAAAUAAAUGUAAAAAAUUAAACAUUAUGUACAAUGAUGAAGAAGAAACAAUUUUUAGUACUAAAUUACAUGUGGAUUCUCAUGAAACAAAAUGUUUAAAAGAAACUGAUAAUAUACAUGAAAAAUGUGAAAUUAAAAAUAAUAUUAAAGCAAUAGAUGGGCUAGUAUGUCAUUCUAAUGUUGAUGAAAAAUUAAUGAUAAAUAAUGAUCAAACUCAAACAUUAACUAACUUAAUUAAUUGUGAAAAGGACUUUAAUAAAGAACAAAAACUAAAUGAAACUAUUAAGAAUAGUAAACUACAAAAUAAUGUAAUAUCUAGACCAACUUUGGUUGAUGAUAGUAGAUUGGUAAAAAUUUCACUGCCAACAAAUCCAAUUAAUAUAAUGCAAUCAAAUGCUCAGUUUCUAAACAAAAGCCGUAACUUUUUAAACUUCAUUACAGAAAAGUCAACAAAUAUCAUGGAAAAAGCAUUAUUACCACAGCAUUUAACAUUAAAAUAUAAUUCAGUAAUGAAAUCUGUAGAUAAUAUUUAUAGUGAAAAGAAAUAUAUAGAAGAAUCUUCUAACAUGGAAUCUUCUUUAACAGAACCAGUAUUUAACAAUAUAUCAGAUUCAUUUGUAAAAGAAAAAAAUAUUUCUUAUGCAGAAAAAUGUGAAAUAGAUAUACAAAGUGCAAAUAAUGAAUGUGUAAAAAAUGAAAAUAAUGAAAAUAAAAUUGUAAUAAAAAAUGAAAUUAUAUGUGAAAAUAUUGAAAAAAAUAAAUAUUUAUCAACAAAUGAUCAUAAUAAUGAUUUUUCAAAGGAUUUGGAAUUAAAAAAGUUAGAGAAAUCUAAAUCUUAUAUUAUUAAUAAUGAUAUUGAUAAAACAAAUGAUAAUGUAUUCAAUACAGAAACAAAUGGAAAUUAUAAUAUUAAUUCUAUAGUAUUAAAUUCUGAAGAAAAUAAUUUUCAAGAAAAUAUUAUUAUUAAUAAUUUGAAUCAAAAAGAAAAAGAAAUUGUCGAUUUUGAAAAGUCAAAACAAAGUUUAUUGCAACAUCCAGUUUAUCUUACUUUAUUAAAAGAUUAUGCAGAUUUAAAAUCUAAAUAUUUAAAGUUACAAGAAAAAAUGGAAAAUUUAGAAGAAAAAAAACGAAUUUUGGAAGAAAAAAACAAAGGAGAAAUCUUUUCUAUGCAAAUAGAAACAUUAGAAAAGACAAUAAAUAGACUUACAUUUGAAUUACAUACUUCUUUAGAAGCACAGGAAAUAUAUAAAAAAGAUUAUAAUAUUGCAAAUAAAGAAAGAGAAAAUAUGGUAAUGAAAUAUGCUGUUAGUGAAAAACAACUUAUUGAUACACAAAGAGCAAAAGAAUAUGCAGAACGUAAAGUAAAAGAAAUGACAACACAACAAGAAACGCUUCAGAAUAAAUUGAGAGAAAUGCAAGGAGAACGAACUAGAAUAUGUAAUAUUUUAAGCAAUAAACAUCGCGAAAUGACCGAUCUUCAGAAAGAAGUUGAGAAAUUAAAGGAAGAUGUAAAAAUGAGAGAUAUAAAGUUACAAUGGACUCAGAAUAAACUAAAAACGGAAAUGGAUUUACAAAAAGAAACUCAACAAAAAUUAGAUAAAGCCAUGAUUAGGAUUAAUGAAAUGAAGGAAGAAUGUGAACAAGUGCGUAAAGAAACGCAAGAAACAAUGAGAAAAUUUCAACAAUCAGAAGAAAACAAAGCAGUUACAUUAGAUCAACAAUUAAAAGAGCAACAGGCUCGUUUAAUUUUAGAAAGACAUGUCACAGAAGAUAAAGAGAUGUUAAGAAUUCAAUUACAAAAAGAAGUAGAUACAUUAAAGCAUAGACAACAAAUUUUAAUUGAAGAAAACAAUACACUCAGUUUAAAGAUACAAGAUGCUGAAAAAGAUCGUUUAACUUAUGAAAGUAAUUUGAAUAAUUUAAAAAUUAUAAUAGAUCAACGUCAGAAAGAAAUUAUGGAAUUACAUAAUAAAGUAUCUGAAUUAGAAAUGUUGAAAACUCAACUUCAACAUAAAAAUCAGUACUUAGCAUCAACUGAGAUGGAAAUUCAACAUUUACGUUUGGCUAACGAAGAAUUACAAUCUGAUAUGUUUGCAUGUCGUCAGAAAGAAGCAGAAAUGUUGGAUUUUACACAAAAAUUGACUGAUAAAAAUGUAAGACUGCAAUCAGAAUUCACAGUUAUUGAAGCCAAAAUAAAACAAUUAGAACAAGAGCAUGGACCAUUACGUGAACAUAUAAAUCAAUUAAAUAAUAAAAUAAAAACAUUAGAAGAAAAUUGCGCUCAAGAACGAAAAACAAGAAUUGAAGAAUGUGAAAUUUUAACAAGGCAUCUUGCUGAACAAACACAAACAGCACAAAAUCUUGCUGAGCAAUUAGAAGAUAGUCAAGGAGAAAAUGCAGUAUUAAAGAGAAAACAACAAUUAAGUAUGAAGGAAAUGACACGCGAGUUACAACAGUGUCGAAAGAAAUUAGAAGCAUUUGAAACAUUACCUUAUAAUUCAUUGGAUAUUGUAUCUAGAACUGGAUCUAAUGUUUCAUUGAAUACAGCAGAUGCUUUAAAUGGUGCCUUAUCCGAUAAUAAUGUGAAUGGUGAUCAAAAUAUUCAACUUACAGAACCUAGCAGACAAUUGUUAAUAGAUCGUAUUAUAAAAUUACAAGAAAGUAAUGCAAGGAAAGCUGAGAAACUAGAUUUCUUUGAAGAACAUACUCGAAUCUUGGUAGAAGAAUUGCAAAAAAAAAAGAGAAUCAUCCAAAAUUAUAUUUUGCAUGAAAAUAUUGGUGCCAUGGGUAACAAUGAGAGAGAUAAAUACAAGCAUAUCAAAAGCAAAAGGAAUGCAGCUGAAUUAGCAAGACACGGAGGAAUAAUGGCUUCUGUCUAUAAUCAACGAGUUUCAGAUGACAAUAUGACACUUGAAUUAUCAUUAGAAAUAAAUCAAAAACUUCAAGCAGUACUUGAAGAUGCAUUAUUCAAAAACAUUACAUUAAAGGAUAAUAUUGAUACUCUUGGUGAAGAAAUAGCAAGGUUAACAAUGCAAAAUCAACAAAGACAAAAUACAAAAUAAAAGUAUAGCAUAACAUAUUACCAGCAGUUAGCAUAACAUAUUAUCUGUACUUAUAUUGUAAACAUAACAGGAUAACAAGUAUAUAUCAAAAAACGUGAAAAAAUUAUCAAUUAAGAAACUUGUAGUACAUAUAUACUAAUAUAUAAUUAUUACUUCAAGUAAAAUUAUUCUUUCAAAGUAAUUUAAAAGAUACAUUUUUUUUAAUUUGAAAGUAGAUAUAACAACAUAGUUAUUGUAAUGUAUUCUAAUCUAUUUACAAUUAUUUUUCUGUACUACGAUGUCUUUAAUUUAUAUAUAUAUAUAUUGUAAAAAAAAAAUCUAUAAUAUUAUAUUUUAAUUUCAAAAAAAUAAUUUCAUUACUACAUUUCUAGUCACAAACAUUAAUACUUAAAAUAAUGAUAUAUUACAUUUUUUAUUUCAUUAAAUUAUAUGUAAAUUAUAAAAUAUUUUUUAUAAAUAUUAAAAUCAUGUUACAAUAUUAUAUAAAUAAUUUGUCAUUUUGACUGCUGUUUAUUUAUUUAAUUAUUUUUUAAAUAAGAUAAUAAGAUAUAAAUAAGAUACGAUUUAAAAAAAAAACAUUCCACAUUCUGUUUCAAAUUUUUAAUAUAUAAUAAUAAAAAUAUUUUAAAAAACUUGUUGAUAUUAUAUUAUUUAUAUAUUUAUAUAUUUUUUCACAUACAUAUAUUUAAUUUAGUAAAAAAAUGUGUAUCAAAAUUAUUAAUUAAGGAUUAUGUAUAUUAUAUAUUAUAUGAUAUUAAUAUAAAAAUUGUAAAUCUGUAUAAAGUUAAAAAAUUAUAUAAUAUUAUAUAAAA